AUGGACGCAAUUGAGUCAACAGCGUCAUCACUGGCGGCGUCAUCACUGGCGGCGUCAUCUCCCUUAUCGCCACGAAAUUUGAGCACAUUGAACGCCAAUAAUGCCACUCCGGAGCAACUUUUGGCUAUUUUGCACGAACUUCGUAAUUCCGUUGGACCAAAGGUUGUAAAUAAUGCUGUUGCCAAAGUGAUGUGGCUACCGCUAGAGAAGUUAGGACAGGUUUUACCAAUGGACGGCAGGAAAAAGACGAAGAAGGAGAAGCAGGUGCUGAAACAGCAAAAGAAGGCUGAUGGACCUGAUGGUAUUCAGGCGGGGGUGCACCCACAGCAAAAUAAAAAGAAGACGCGCGAGUAUAACAUGAGCAAUUACGUGGUUCGUGCCGUGGCGGUCAAGUUCUUGUACAUUGGGGAGAAGUAUUCCGGGUUUGCACGCCAGGACCACAUGCCCGAGACGGUAGAGCGCUAUCUAUACGAAGCGCUUGUGCGCUCGAAGCUCAUCGAAAAUAUUGAAGAUGCUGGAUAUUCGCGCUGCGGACGCACGGACCGCAGUGUCAGUGCUUUUGGGCAAGUUGUGGCACUGCGCGUGCGAUCUAAUUUACCAGGUACUGCUGAACUGCUCAGCGCGUCUUCAAUCGAUGAUGUGCCACCCGGUGAGAAGUUUCAGGUGCGGUUGGCGACGGGCGAAAUCAAGACACUCACGGAAGUGGAUUACGCUUCACAUAUUAAUCGUGCACUGCCGGCCGAUAUUCGAGUGUACUCUGUAGCAUCUUGUCGCCCCGGGUUCAGUGCUCGAUUCGACUGCAAGGCACGUGUGUACCGCUAUUUCUUCGUGCGGCGUGACUUGAACAUCGAGAAGAUGCGCACAGCUGCACAGUACCUUGUCGGAAAACACGAUUUCCGCAACUUCUGCCGCAUUGAUCCGAAUUGUCACGUGUAUGAGCGUAGUGUCGGUUCAUUCAAGAUCGAGGAAUGUCCAGGACAGCGUGCCGAUGAUUCGAGCCAGCAAAUGUACCGCUGUGAGAUAUUCGGCCGUGCAUUUCUGUGGCAUCAGGUGCGCUGUAUGAUGGAAGUGCUGUUCCUCAUCGGCUCAGGAAGUGAGGAACCUAGCAUUAUUCCGCAGCUGUUGGAUAUUGCGCAGACGCCGCGAAAGCCGCAGUACGACAUGGCCUCUGGCUUACCACUUGUGCUGCAUGACUGCCACUUUGCUGACCCGGAAGAAGCAGAAGAGCCUGGCCCAUGCUUUGAGUACACACCGCUUGCUUUACUUCAGGUGCAUGCUCAGCUUACAGAGACAUGGGAGCAACGUUGCGUGCAAGCGGCGAUGCUGCGUAGCCAUCUCGAUGCACUGGAAGCAUUCCAGAUAGAUGCAGCUCGAGUGGUGAAAAGUUUGGACCACUACGCACCGAAGCUGGAGCAGCUGAUGCGGGAACGCAACCUUUUGACUGACGAAGGCGGUAUGGUCAAGUGGAAGGAUGUGAGCCCUUUGCUCCCGUUGUCCAAGAAACGGAAGGCUUUACCUUUGGCGAAGCGUGAUACGGGUCACUCUGUCGAUGAGUGCAAACGUAAAGCCAAGGAGCGCAAGCGUCGGCACAUAGAGGAAAAGAAGUUUGCGAGCCAAGUAACUGAAGAGACUAAAAGAAAGAGCGGUGGCAACGCAAGCGGACACGAAGCCGCUGCGACGUCGCCUUGA